AGCAGUUGCUGGUGAUACCAGGAAACCCUUAGCCAGCACCAAGGUCUGGUUAAGCUCUGAAGGCAGAAAAAUUGGUGUAGUCUUCCUUGCCCUGAGAGAAAUUCAGCACAAGGACAACUCCAAGACUCCCGAACCUACUAAAGCCCUACAACUCUGCAAGAGAUGGAAACCAGAAGUAAGUCCCAGUUCCUUGUGUUCCUCACACUUUCCAGUAUAUUCUUCUCUCAAUCCUUAGCAUGGCCUCUUUUAAGAGCACCUUCUGCUGUGCGAACACCAUUUGAAGGAGAGCAUGAGCCUGACCAAAUAUCACUUAAAGCAGACACUGACAUUUUCCAAAAUGUCUUAGCUGAAAAUGACAUCCCCUAUGUGUCAAGGAAUGCCAGGCAUGCUGAUGGCGUCUUUACCAGUGAUUACAGUAGACUCUUGGGUCAAAUUUCUGCCAAAAAAUAUCUUGAGUCCCUUAUAGGAAAGAGAGUUAGCAACAAUGUUUCUGAAGACAAAGCACCAAUCAAACGCCACUCAGACGCUGUCUUUACUGAUAACUAUACUCGCCUUCGAAAGCAAAUGGCUGUAAAGAAAUACCUGAACUCAAUUCUGAAUGGGAAGAGGAGAGCUAGAAAAAUGAUGGAAAAGUUCCAGGAACCCAAGCUGCUGACAACUUCCCAAGGAUCAAAAUUCCUGCUGCGUCAGGUGGACUGUGAGUGGAUCCAGGACGUCCUGUGA